CGACUUAAAGUGCGGGACGUAAACAAAAAUCAAAAAGAAACGCCAUGAGUUCCAUGACAGGGUUGCUUAUCUUGACACAGCCGGUGCGGAAAAUUAUCCCAAGUUUAUCGCAGACUCUGAAAGCUGCAUCUCAGCAUGUCAACAAAACCCUUUACAUUCAUCUGGACCCACUUGCAAGAAAAAGGUCACCAGAAUUACCACAGCGCCUCUCUUUAUACAGCCGUCUCAUCACCACUAUUUAUUCAGAGUCUUCGUCACAGUGCCGAGGCAUGGAUGUCCGCGUUCUCAUGGCAGGCUUCAAGCACUUAGCUGAUGUACCACAGAAAGUCAGUGCCAAAGUCGACCUAGUGCUUCUUGACCAGAUGAGAGAGGAGACUGAACUGUUGGACCUGAAGCAGAGGUAUGAAAACUACCUUCUCGGUAACAAGGACAAAUUGGUGUUUCUGUGUAAAGGACCUAGCAGUGAUUCAGAAGAAUUGGAUGAGGCUGUGGCUGUAGAUAAAGAUGCUAAUGCAGCUGCCAAUAAAGUUUUUGAAAGUGUAGUUGUGGGAGGGACCUUUGAUCACAUUCAUGCUGGACACAAGAUCCUCCUCGCAGAAGGUCUCCUGCGAUGUAGCAGGAAGUUUACGGCUGGAAUAGCUGAAGGACCACUUCUCAAGAACAAAACUUUGUCAGAGUUGAUAGCUCCAUGUCAAGAUAGAAUUGAGGCUGUGAAAGAACUUGUGACAGAUUUAGAUCCUACACUUGAUUACCACAUUGUUGAGAUCACAGAUCCAAUGGGACCCACCAGAUCGGAUCCUGAUAUGGAUAUGAUUGUGGUGAGUGAGGAAACCAGAAAGGGUAUAGACUUCAUCAACAGUUCACGUAAAGAAAGCGGACUAAAACUUUUAGAAGGCUAUAUCAUCAGCUUGGUGGAAGACAAGGAUCGGAAAUCAACUGAAGAAGAGGAAAAGGUUAGUUCUAGUUCGCAAAGGAUGAGGCUCCUUGGAACCGUCAUUCGGCCGUUGACCCCAAAUCUUGAUAUUCCAAGCCAUCCACAUGUCAUUGGCCUGACUGGAGGUUCUGCUAGUGGAAAAUCCAGUGUUGCAAAACGCUUCCAGAAACUUGGUGCUGGUAUUGUUGACUGUGAUAAAUUAGGACAUGAAGCCUACAGGAAAGGGACAGACUGUUACAACAAACUCAUUCAAGAAUUUGGGGAAGACAUAGUAGCCAGUGAUGGGGAAAUCAACCGCAGGGCUCUGGGACCAAAGGUAUUCAAUAAUAAAGAUGCACUUGAGAAACUGAACAGCAUUGUAUGGCCUGAGAUUGCCAGACUUGCCAAGGAACAGAUCACAGACCUAGGAGGAAAAGGCCAUAAUGUGGUAGUACUUGAUGCUGCUGUUCUUCUGGAGGCGAAGUGGGAAACGUUCUGCCAUCAGGUUUGGGUGUGCAUCAUCAAGAGAGAAGAAGCAAUCAAACGUAUUGUGGAGCGUGACGGAAGGACGCAAGAGGAAGCAGAAAGAAGGAUUGACAGCCAGCUCUCCAACAAGGAAAGGGUGUCUCGAGCCAAUGUCAUCUUUUGCACGCAGUGGGCACAAGAGUAUACACAAGACCAAGUUGAGAGAGCAUGGAAAGACCUCCAAACCAUGC